CGUUAUCGUCCCCAUAUUCCACGUCACCUGCAGGGUUCCGAUGCGUCAAAACACAAUCACGUGACCGGAACAAAGCCGGAACUAAAACUGUGACAUAGCUCAUAAGAAUGCGUGGUGGAACCGAAAAGGCAAUAUUUUGUUUCCUCACCGGACCAAUAACAUUACACGUACCGUGCUCUACGCCAUUUUGUGCUCAGCAGUUUCACCAGCCUCCGUUGUUACGUUGAGCCAAUGUUGGAAACUGUCGGCUGGAAGCUUUUCCUGCGCUUCAUUCACCGUGAACUGUGAACUCUCACACUUCGUGAGUUCAUUUGUUAACAUGGCCGCCUCGUGGCUGCUGAAGAGAUGGUGCUCCACAGCAGCUACAGAGACAACCAAGGGCACAAAGUGGCAAAGACUGGUAAACAGUCGCGCAGGUGUAUGGUGCCGAAGUCUUUUAAGCGAUUAUAAGGAGGCUUGUCGUGAGACAGUGCUGGGGGCCCGGGAGCGACCCCUUAAAGCCUCGGUCUACUUGGGGCUUCUGGGAGGAAUGUACGCCUGCUAUUACACCAACCCUGAUGAUGCCUCCUUUGAGACCAGCCUGCUAGAAACCUCCAACCGUCUGGCUCUCCUGUCUCCAUGGAUACGCAGUGGCACCUCAGAUGGACACGUCCAGACCCUUGUGAAACUGCAAAACGAGGGCAAGCUGCGCUAUGCCAGUCUGGGCAUCGCAUCUUUGACUUAUUACACAGACUAUGACUCCGAGUCCAGCCUGUAUGAGGCGCGCUGCUCGGCGAUCUCUGUGCCCUGGUCAGAACUGCCAAAACGCGUGCUGGAUGUGGGCUUUGCGGGACGCUGGUGGGUGCUUGAUCAUAAAAUGAAGGAUUUUGAUAUAAAUGAGGAGGAGUUCAGACAUCUUCCGCCUGCUUUGGUGGCAACAGUCCCACCGUCACCCCAGAUAACAGAACGGAACGAAAAGCUGCAUCAGGAAUCAUGGAAAGCUGUGGUGAUGGGAGACGAGAGCAAUGAAUUAGAUGGUAUACAAAAAGACAUGGACACACCUGUUAAAGAAAUGGAGAGCAACGCAUUAAACAAAGCACAGACUUCUUAAUCAACAUGUUAACUUUAAUGCUGUAGCUCACAUAAAGAUGACCCUAAAGAAACAUGCUUGCAAGAGUCAGCUGUUGAUAAGAAAUGAAAAGUAAAAGUUAUGUUAACAGGAAUCAUUAUUAUAAUGUGUUUAUGGAAAUAAGCAACAUAGUAAUGUAGUCUAUUAUUUUUACUGCAAAAAAUAUUUGUGCAUAUAAGUGUGAUUGGUUGACUGUAAAUAUAUUAAAACAACUGCAGUGUAUGCUGACCUUGUGUUAUGUGACAGAAAAGCAGUACAUUAUCACUACAUAAACUGUAAAAAAAAAGU